GGACUUGUCAAGAAGGAAUCAUUUAAUAAAUGCUACCAAUGUAUGUAUGCGCAAAAUGUUUCAACCAUUGUUCUACCCGCAUAUAUUAUUUGUGCUUUAAACAGUGACAUUUAACUAUUCUACAUCAUGUUCUUUAUCUUGCCAGCAUGUCGUCGUCACCAACGUCGGGCCGUUGCUGUUGCUGUUUUAAAUCCCUUUUGGCAAACGAUCUAUCAUCACCGUAAGCACCAUCGGAAAACGGUUGCUUCAUCGCAGUAGGCACUGCGAGCAUGUUUGCAAACCGUAUCCAGGCAAGAGCAGGCUGUGCAAAACAGACGCACCGGUGCAGAACCGAUACCACCAAUAUCAGUCUAAUGCAGCCCUGGUAAAGACGAGAAUUGGAGAAUCGUUCUAAUCGGCGGCAAACAGGCCCCCGCAAAAAGCAUUGCACUGCUGGUCCUGGUUGCUUGAUAAUAAACGAAGGCAAGAAGGAAGUGUCACAGCGGUUCCCAAACAGAUGCCAGCUUCACGAACAUUUGCUUGCUGCGUUCUGACAGUUAUCCUUUUCCGCUUGUUUUUUUUUUUUGCUUGCUUGUUUUUGGUAGCUCGAGUAAAUGAAUCUGUACUGGUGUGCACUUUUUCCCGGGCGGUAUUUUCUACGAACACUACACAUGGAAUGCUUUGCGCUUGGACGAAAGCUUUCGAGUAGUGUGAAAGAGAUCGCACCACACAGUGUGCUUGAAGUUUUGGAAAGGAUAUGCUUGCUGCACGCACACCACCAACAAAGCAAGCGGUGAUAACGCUCUGUGUGCGCUUAAAUGUGUUCGUGUAAAAGCUUCACAGCCGGAUGCUGAUGGAUACCAGCUGGAGGCCACGCUACUACACACCUACUACAAAUAGUACGCAAUCUCGCAUCCUACGAAACGCACACCCACACACAUGCACACCUUUCUCUCACUCCGAUCCGGUGUGUCUGUACGGUGUGCAACCGUGUGUGAACCGAAAGUGAAAGCCAAAGCGAGAUGGAUGCUACACCGCGAAAUGGGUUUGAAGGAGACAACGCCACGGAUGAUUCGAGCCCCCGAAAUCGAUCCACUCGAUGUAUCCCGAACCGAAAAAACCCGAACGGAACAACAUCCGAACCGGAACAGGCCCCGAAAACAAGAAGAUAACAAGAGCGAGAGCGAGAGAGACUGCGCGCGAAGAAAAUACGCAACAGCGAAAGCAGAGUUUUGUACGAGGCACAGCCGCUAACCGAGUGCAGUGCGUAGGCGGUUGUCGUAGACGUAACCACCACGUGCUACGGGUCUGUCUGCACGCACGGUAAGCUACUAUAUAUCCCUUGUGCUGUGCUGUGUGUUUGGUGCUUGGAGCAGCUGCAGGCUGCCUUCUUACUACUACUAUAUAGACACUGCUUCACCAUUCCCGUCCACCGUCAGCCCUGUGCUGUGCCUUUCUGUCAUGGGUCGAGACGCAUCAACAGUCGCGUUUGAGUCGGUGCACGAUACUGCUGACCAGAACACUUUCGGAUGGGAUCGGUGUGAUGAUUUUUUGUGCACCGGUUUUUUUAAUCUCGCACACACAUACAUACAACCACAGCAACCCGUCGCAUCCGUACUUUUGUUGUGCACCGUGUUUUGAAGCGUUUUUUUGUGGCGAGGAAGCACAAUAUAGCAGCAACAGCAGCAACAUAACAACAGCAGAGAAAAGCUCCUCAUCAUAAAACAAAAACCCCAUUUUGUUGGCAAAGUUUAAUGCAUGGAAAGCAAAUAGCGGGAAACAGUGUUUGGUAUAAAUCGCACCUAGCAGUUUUCUUAGUAGUAGCGCAGCAUCAAAAUAAAAAAAAAGUGCAACACCGUUGCACCCAUAUUUGGUUGUGAAAGUGUGACAAAUAAUAUCUCUGCGUGUGUUUGUGUACUUCAAUGCAUAUGUGUGUGUCUGUGUUUGUGUGAAUUUGUAAGUGUCCCUACUUUCCACCAUCUGUCCAGUGAGCUGUCAGUGUCAGUGAGAGUGAGUGAGUGAGUGAGUGAGUGAUCGAAUGUCCCUGACGUCGCCAUGUGCUUGCAUACCAAACGGCGUUUGCGGUGUAAUGUGAGGAAAUUGUUGUAAGAUUUUGCUCGGCUGCUAACAGACAACCUCUGUCGCGGGAAGGUUCUGGUGGCAUUUUAACAGCUAAACACCUCAACAACAACAUCCACCACUACUUUCACAUAAAGGACAUCAGCGACAAGGCUGCCACCGGUCGCCCGGUAGCGAGAUAAGGCUGAGCAACAUAAUGAGCUUUCGUUGGAAAUGAGUCGAGUUUUUGCACGCACCACAACAUCAUCGAUGGUCGAUUGCUACGGAAACAUUUGAACGGGGUUUUCUUUUUGUUGCUGUUAUAACACCACCAACAACUCGGCAAGAAGAAAACAAAACCAAAAAAGCCAGAAUCUGUGAUUCCCAUUAUCAACAGUAACAAACGACGACGGCGCAGCGAUGGCGUCGUCGUUCGCUAAUUGCUCCUACGCGCCCGAUCCGAGUGCUGGCGAUGCGAAUCCAUUCAACUACGGCGAGCGCAGUCUGCUGGACGAUCGGGACAAGCGCGGAGUGACGCGUGCAUCUAGCCUAGCCCUACCGAACCACACGCUGCUAGAUCUGUUGGAGCAGAAGCAAAAACUCUACGACACAAUCCACCUAACGCCACCGCCGAAGGGCAAUGGUACCCGUCGCCAUUCGUCCGAUUCGUUCCCGAUGAUCGAGAAUGAAAGCUUUCAAAUACCGCAGCGACAGAGUAAAAAAUCGGCCCAAGCUUUAACACCCGGCCCGCUAGUUCCACCGCCCGUUCCGAAGCGAACCUUUCAGGGUAAUUUCCCGCGCAAACCGCCCGACUCGUUCGAAGUGCAGAAGCGAGCCUCACUGCUCGCCCUGGACAGCUAUCAGCAACAGCAGCAACAACAGCAGCAACUGCAAGCACAGCAGCAACAGGUGCAACAGUUACAGCAGCAACUGGCACAGCAGCUUCAACAGCAACAGCAAGCUCAGCAACAGCAGCAACAAGCCUACGCUCAGUUUGCCCGCGCAGAACGUAUCUGCAAGUCCGCCUUUGAGGAUCAAUCGUUCAGCUACUAUCCGGCACCGAAAAGUGCGAAAAGCAGUGGUUCGGGUGUCAGUGGGGUUGGUGGUGGUAGUGGCGCCUGCCACAGUGUCAGUGCGACCAGCUUUGACGAUCUGGUCGAACCGGAUGACUUUGUGCUGUUCAGCAAGAAAAUGGCCUCGAUCGAAUCGAACCGUUCGUCGAGCGAUUCGAACAAAUCGCAAACCACCAUCGAUACCGGUUACGUGUCGGCCAACGAAACUGACCGCUCCAUACUGACCGGUGGCAGUUGCUCCUCGGCAAAAGGCGGUGCCUCCUCCUUUCGCAGCCGGUUCUCCUCCGAGGAUACCCAAUCCUCGCUGGAUAGUUUUCUCUCGUCCGAGCUACACCGUACCGAUACGAUCGAUUCACUACCGCUGAACGAUUCACCCUUUAGCCUGAAGAAGAAUGUGUUCAAUUUCGAUUUGAAAACUUCGCCACUCAUUCGCGGCAGCAGUACCGUUUCGCCGAACUCGAUCGACGAAAAGCUGGACAACUGUUCGCCGAGAAGCAUCGAAAGCAAGGGCUCCCGGAAGCUACCGACCGUGCCCACGCGCAAAGGUCCCGCCAGUGGAAUCGUGAUGCAGCCGAAACUUCCGCCACCGGGCGGUGCUAAUGGUGGUAGCAGUCGGAUGACACCUCCACUUCCACCGUCACGAUCCCAGCAAGCGUUCGAGACACGGAAGCUACAGAAACUACAGCAAGCUCAGCAACAGCAGCAGCAAACGCAGCUCAACAAUGUCGUUUCGGUGCACAAAACGGCGCUGGAAAGUUUGCAGGAGCUGUACAGCAGACCGCUUGGUAUACGGCGCAACAUACACCGGCCACCACCGCUCAGCCAGCAGCAGCAGAUGAUCGGUGGAACGAAAGGUUCGAUGAUUGGGCAACGCCAAGACUCGUCCAUCUCGAGUGACAGCUUCUCCAUUACCUCAAGUCCGGGCUUUCAGAACAAAGCGAUGGAGAGUUCGUUGCUGCAGCAACAUUCCACCUCCAAGUUUAACCGGUCGACAAUUCGCGGAAAGGUCACGAUGGACACGCCGACUAGCAAUAUUGCCGGCACGAACACCACACCCAACAAUCUGACCGCAAUUCUGAACUCUGCAGGAUCGACACCGGGAGGAUCUAACGUUACCCCUACGUCCAUCGCCCCGGGCACGGUUGGUUCGGCCAACACUACCAGCGAUACUAUGGGAGGAAUCGGUGUGACCACCAGUACGAUACGAUCCGUUCCGCCACGUGUAAGCAUGCGGCAAGACUCCAGCAUAUCCAGUGACAGCUUUAGCCAAACGUCUAGCCCUAGCUACAACUCAAAAAUUAUGGAAGCUCCUCUACUAUCGCACGCUGCCAAGAUGCCGAAGGUGUCGAAACCGAUCGCGAAAAAUUUGGAUGAAAUUACAAAGGAAUCACCUGCGGACGUGAACGGAACGGCCGCGAUCAUCAAGAGUGCAUCCACCCCGGCCAGCCUGCAAACGAUCGUACGACUUUCCAACGGUUCGAACGUUAGUCUACAGCACAAGAAAUUUCAAAUUUUAAAAGCACGCAAAAAUUCUAACCCCUACGUCACUAGUGGGCGGUUAAAGUUUCGCCUUUGCCAGAUACUGCUGAAUGCCGUCGGUCUACUUGCGAUUGCCGGUGGACUAGCGGCUUACUUCAACGCCUACCCGACGAUCAAGUUCGUCAACCAAACCAUCACCCGAACGGCCAUUCCAUCGUCAUCGGCAGGAGGCACUACAUCGAUCGGUUCGGGUGUUAUAUCGUCGGUACCGUCCUCGGGUUCGGGAUCCCAAGGUGCUGGAUCACCAGGGCGAACCGCCUUGGAUAUGGGUGGUGGUUAUCGUGGUGAUCGUAAUCCAGCGCCCGGUGUAUGUCUACCGGUGAUCGUGCGGUUCUGCCAGCAGCAUCGGGUACCCUACAACUAUACCGUCUUUCCGAAUUACAUUGGACAUUUCGCCCAGCCGGAGGCACAGAACGACAUCGAUCUCUUUGAAGCGCUGGUUGAUGUGCAGUGUUACGAGCUUGUUCCAUUGUUCUUAUGCUCUCUGUUUGUGCCUAAAUGCGGUAAUUCCGGAACAUCCGUACCGCCAUGUAAAAGCUUGUGUACUGAAACAAUGCGUCGAUGCAGUUUCUUCUUCGACGUAUUUGGACUGGAGCUGCCCGAGUACUUGCGCUGCUCAAUCUUUAACGAUGCCGUAUCGGAUCAGGAGGAGUGUGUUGGGAUGGCUGAGUACAAAGAAUCGAUUAUACGAUCCCGCCGGCCAAUGGCUUGUUCGGGUUUUCUCUGUGACAAGCGACGCUGUAUACCGAACGACUGGAAGUGUGACGGACACGUAGACUGUCAGGAUCAGACGGAUGAGGCACACUGUGACUUUUGUGGAGACGAUGCCAUCCACUGUGGAGAGGGACAGUGUAUGAGCCAGAAGCAUGUGUGUGAUGGUGCGGUGAAUUGUCCGUACGGGCAGGAUGAACGGAAUUGCAUACGACUCAGCGAAAGAAACGGUGAUCUCGGCCGUGGCACGUUGGAAGUUUACAAAGCAGACCUGAAACAGUGGGCACCCGCGUGCGUUAAAAACUGGGAUCCAGCGACAUCACCUACCAUGAUCUGUUCCCUCUUGGGUUACAGCUCUGUCAACUCUAGUCGAACGGCAAUGCGAGGAUCGAAUCGAACGCUAAUCAGCACAAAGGAUGCCUCGUCUAUGUGGCGCAUGUACCAAAAGAAGGACGUCAACCUGAUCAAGGAGUUUAAUAGCUGUGACAUCAACUCACGAUACCCAGUGGCAGAGCUAACGUGUUCGAAUUUUGAGUGCGGCAAGAUCCGGAACAAAAAGAACUUCAAGGCAACGAAACGUAUCGUUGGCGGAUCAACAUCGAGCCCGGGUGACUGGCCAUUCGUUGCAGCCAUCCUCGGUGGACCGGAGGAAGUGUUCUACUGUGCUGGUGUACUAAUCGCUGACCAGUGGGUCUUGACUGCUUCACAUUGCAUCGGCAACCACACGAUGCGCAACGUCAACGAUUGGACUAUUCAGCUUGGCAUUACUCGACGGCACUCCCACACCUAUUACGGACAGAAGGUAAAGGUGAAGACGGUCAUACCACAUCCGAUGUAUAAUCAGCACAUUCCGCACGACAACGAUAUUGCACUGUUCCAGCUUGCCACCAGGGUAGCUUUUCAUGAGCAUCUGCUCCCAGUCUGCCUUCCGCCACCACACAUUCGGGAACUACCGACCGGCAUUAACUGUACCGUUGUUGGAUGGGGAAAACGAGAGGAACGUAACUCAACUCCAAAUGGUGCAUCAUACGAACCAACGCUCAACGAAGUCAAUGUCCCGAUCGUAAGUCGAGAUGUGUGCAUCGAUUGGUUGGAAACGUUCAACGUGACCGAAGGCAUGAUUUGCGCCGGCUAUCAAGAGGGUGGCCGGGAUGCAUGUCAGGGUGAUUCCGGUGGGCCACUGCUGUGUCCUUAUCCGAACGAAAAAGACCGCUGGUUCGUGGGUGGUAUCGUUUCCUGGGGUGUACGGUGUGCCCAUCCAAAGCUGCCCGGUGUGUACGCCAACGUGCCCAAAUUUAUACCAUGGAUACUGUCGCAAAUCAACAAUCACUCCGUCUUACAGACCGAUACCAUAGGCCGAUAAGUAGGGUACCGAAUGGGCGUUAGGAAUGCAGUGUUUUAGUGAAUGCAAUGGCUGACCAGAUUCGAUGGGAGGACGUGUACUAACAAACAGUUUUACGUUUCACAACAUAACCUACCUAGUUGGGCAGUGUUUCUAGUGAUAUUUGAACAAUACGAUUACGCAUGCGGUCUAUUUAUUUACACAACUUCUACUAUAUAAAUCAAUAUUUUACGAACGAACCUAUGAAACAGCAUCCCGCAACACUCGGCAAGGUAUGGAAAUCCCUGUAACAAUCCUUUAAGUCAUGGAUAAAGGAAUAAAAACCGCUUCGGGACAGGAAAAACCCACCGGAAGCAAUGAAUCAUUCAUCUGGUCUGUGGUAGAUAGUGUUGCUCGCUUGUAUGUGUUUGGAUGUGUAUGACCAACAUCACCGCCCGUUUACGCAACAACAAUAUCCGGCCAGACGGGAUGAGACGGAUGUUCACCGUCAACCAUGUCUGUCAAUCAAUGUGCCAUGGAGUGUAAAGGAUCAGAUAAAUACGUACACACACACAGAGACAUUACACAACUACCGAAUGAACCGUAAUGACCGAAAACUUUUCUGUAGAAGCGAUACAUAUUAAUCUGUUGUUCAAAUAUCUCUAGCAAAAACCAAAUCGUUGUUCUUUAGCAAACAUUAGCAGAACCCAGAUAAAAAGUACCGUAAAAUAUUUUUCACAAACGAAGCAAAAAAGGAGUCAAUUUUAAUAGGGUGAUCUUCGUUUUAGAAUUUUCAAACAAACAUAAAAAAACGAACGACAAUAACUGUUGGACAAUAAUUGUACGAAUAAUUGCACACGUUAAAACAUUGCACACAUCAUCAUGCUGCUGUCUGGGCAGAGAUUAAGUAAAAGGAUGACGAUACUGGCAACUUGCAGCACAACUCGAUCAUAUCGAACAUCGAGGGUAAUUCGACGAGGAAAGGAAUUAGAGUUUUAUCCCGACAAUAAUACGUGACCCCCGUGAUGGUGAUAAUGCAUCUAUUUUAUUAGUAGCAUCAGUUUUAGUGUGCAUAAUGUGUGAUGGGUGACAAUAACGAGUAAAACUCGAAGUAAAACAAAAAAGGGAACGAUAUUUUAUUCCUCAUACCCACGAAGUGUAAGCAUUGAGUGGAACGUGGAACACGAACAGUAGUUUGUAUUUAAACACAACUUCAAAGUUUACUAACAACCAGCGAAGCACACACUAGGCGAGUGUGUUUUACCGUAUAUUUAUCGGUGUAUUGUUAGCUUCGGUUGUGGAACGCGUUAAACAAUAGUUAUGGCAGGUUUUUCCUUUUAGAAGUCAUUUUUUCCAUGUUUUUUGUGUUGUUUUGUAUAUGCCACAAGGAUACCGUGGAACGGAUUCCUAAACGGCAGGAACACAGGAUAAUGUAACCGUGCAAGCAAAUACACAAAACAAAACCCCCAUUGUUACGAUAGCAAGCAAGAAAAAGGAAGCAUUUAUAUUCUAUACAAACAGCAUUAAACAGCUACAUUUUACACAAACACCCAAUAUAUUCAUAGCCUACAUACAAGUGGUGAAUUAUAUUGAUCAAAACUAUUAUUAUAAUUACUAUUAUCAACCGGAAACGUUUACUAGAAUUAUUGACUGUUGAUGCAUUUGGAUGAGAAUUUAAGAGAAAUGAGUAUGAUAGGAAUGAACCAAACAUGGCCACUACAUAUUUAUUCGGUACGAGGAAAGCUGUCUGUAGGUUCGCUUUUUAGAUGUUGUUCUGGAAGCGUGAUCACGAUUUAAGAGAAUGGAAUUAUUGUUAGGAAAAGGUAUUUUAAAUGAAGUGCGUUUAAUAAUAAUUAAAUCGGCGCAUGGAGACAUGCAGAUGUGCUUUGCUUAGAGAAAAGGCACAUAUUCGCCUGAGAUUAUGCUUGAUCGAUUUUGCUUUUGGUUUUAUUCAGAACAAACUAGACUUAAAGGAGAACCACUACACCGUUUUGUAUGUUGUAUUGAUGAGUGUUGUAAUAGUUCUUGAAAACGGCUUAAGCCAAAUCAAAUGUUUGUAUUUGUUUGCUCUUUUCGUUGGAAGUAAUUUUGCUAGUAUCAGUAUCAAACGACUGAUUAUGUUUUACUGUUCUCUGCCCUACAGAUCGUAUAGUUCGGACCAUAGACAAUACAUAUUUUAAAUACAAAUUUCAAUGUUAGGAGUGCGCAUAUUAGCAACAUUCGUAUUGAAAAGCUAAACUCAACCAGGACAGUUUGUAGAAGUCAUAUAUUAAACUUUUUUUCUAUUCGAUUUGUUAUGAAAACACACAUCCACAAGUGCAGGGACAAUAAACACAUCUUAGCCAGUAAAGUAUUUAUGGAUAAUGCAUUUAAAAUAACCCAGCGAGCGCAAGCUCAAGCAGUAUUUCCACAGCAAGAUGUGUACUAUUUGGGUUUACAUUAGUGCGAACCAUAGUAAUAGUGGAGCAAGAUGAAAUGAUAAGAAAUUGGACAACUUUAAACAUGUUACGAUAGUAAUGUUGACGCCUAGUGAUGAAGACUCAUUUUUUAUCCGAUAUAUACUCUCCAUAGGAACUGACAUGUGCACGAACCUAGUAAUGGUCCGAUUGGUAAAAGAGUCACCAAUGCAAAGACAUGACGAGCGUGUGUUCUAGUUGUGCUUUUCCUCGGGUAAGCUUUUGUGUAGUGAGAUAUGGUAGUAAAUCGAAGCAGGCUUGGUAAUGUCCCCUGACUUACUGAAACACAAAAAAACACACACACCCAAAACACGCAAAACUUAGUCUGAAUGUAUGCAAAUGAAUGUAUGUAAGCUGUGUGUAAGUCGCUUAGAAUUAUGUACAAAUUUGAAUUAAUCAUAUCCGUGUAGCUUUAGAGAGAAGCUAUAUCAAAACCAGCAUGUAUGAAUAUGGGAUUGGUGAAAGCGCUAGGAAAAAUUCCCAGCUUUCCCAGGAAACGUCAACCGAUUUGUAGCGAGUGAUAUGCGAAACAAAACCACACACAGUAGACCUUUUAUCAAACACUGAAUGAUAGAACUUUAUCGUAUAAUACAACUUAAUGGCACUUAGAACCCAACGUCAAAAACCCAAACUACAAACUGUAAGGACAAUACGCACACACGCGUGUGCUACGAUAUACAUAUUAUAGGACAGCUCAACGUAAUGAUGCGAACGCGGGGUAUGAGUGAAACACACAUACAUUGGCCGAUCAUAGUGAGUAAUUCGCGGUAAAGCGCUAAGUAUUUCUCCAUUUUUUAUACACACAACCAACCAACCAACAAACCAAUCCAAUUGUCUUAUGGUGUGAGCGCAUGCAAAGCGUAAUAUGUAAGAAAACAUCAUUUAAGUGAACAGAAUAACAGUUAAACAGACACACAGAAUAGCCAGAAGCAACAAAAAAAAACAAAACAUUAUAAAAUAUUUGUAGUAAGAUUAUACGAAUGGGAGGUGGGGAAGGAUACAAAAAUGUCAUUGUUUUAAAAGUAUACUUAUAUCAUAUACAUACAGUAUGGUGUAGCAAGUGAAAAGGAACCUAUCUUACACAAAACUGUAUGAAAUAUUGUUUCUUGUUUUGAACAAAAAAUACUAACAACGUUAUGUCAUCUGUCAAACAUAUGUCAAACGUCGUAGUAGUAGUAGCAGUUGUCAUUUAUCCGUUAACUCCCUUACCGAGUGCUAGUAGGCUAAUCAUAUUGCAAUCGUAUAUACACACACUUACACACACACACACGCACACAGGUACAACAUAUCCUUACACUUUUUCGAGUAUAUAGAAACACCACCACCUAUUACACCACACAUCACCACAAGCGUUUUAAGCUAGAGGUGGUUGAAAGUGUAGCUUAACUUUUAAACACCGAAGUUCCACUUAGCCGGGGACAGUGUAAUGGCUUCCAGUUUUUUCAUUUAGUUAACUCAAUUAAAGUGGAAGUGUGUGAUAGAACGGUAGCACAAAGCAUGGCUAGGCAUGAUCGGCAAGCAAUUAAUUGCGGAGCGUAUGGCAAUGGAUUUGUUUUAAUUAGUGCACGCGGUGUCAUUUUAUCGUUACUAUCAAUGUUAGACAAACAGCCCAUUAAUGCCGCAUAGGUUGGAUGAACAUUAACAUAUUACGCUCACAGAAAAGAUAAGUACACCAUACGCACAAUAAUAGUGACAAUAUGUAAUGCGCAAUGUUUUACGAAACAAAGCAAACCGGUUAGUUAUUUUUAUCACAAUUUACUAUUUGUUUUUUCGUUAUGUUUUACUUCAAAAGGAAUGCGUUAGGUUUUUGGAACAAAUGAAAAAGAAGAAGAAAACAAAUGUUUUACAAAUACAACAAAAAAAAAAGAAAAAAAUAAUUGGAAUAAGUAUAACAAACAAAACACAGAUGAAAAAUGGUAAAAUCAUAAACAAUACACAUAUAUGCGUGGGUUUCAGCUUUAACUAUGUCAUAGAGCAGUAUGUGCAGUGAACAAAACAAGACAAAACAAACAACACACAAUUACAUGUUUGUAAGAAUGUACAUCGCCUGCCCGGAGACAAAACAAUUACAAUACACCUUCAUCAAUACAAUAGUAAUGAUAGUACAUGGUGGAAAAGGAAUAAUAAUACCCAAAACGAUAAAACAAUAGGGCAAUAAGGAUUUAUGUUCCAUGUUCAAGAACGGUUUUAAAAGAAAAAAGCUUCAUUUGUUCAACACCCCUAGGUACAUAUCAAUGUAAUACACACAUCGCCUGCAUUAUAACGCACUGUGCGUGGUAGUUGUAUUGUACAAAGCAAACCGGAUAACAUAAAAAAAGCUUUUCUUUCCAACUUUCAACAACAUAACAAACUCCUGCAAAUUGUGUGCUAACCAACAAAAAAAUAGAAAUCUUAAAGUAUUAAACAUACAAUUGGUAAAUAAGAGCGCAGGUUUUUUUUUGCAAAACACAAGAAGGUAUAAAUUAUAUGUAAGUAGUUCAGUAAUGUUAAAAACUACUAAAACUACUACUACCAUUUCCUUGUCCUAAGAAUCUAGCUAAAAAUGAAGGAAAACAACCCAAAACACACUAACUAUUCAUGCGAAUCAAAUAGAGAGAAAAGAAAAUGAUAGAUUUUAUGUAUUUCUUCAUAUACAGAGAGACAAGCAUAUCUUUUUAAUAAAAGUUUAAAAUAAACCAUAUAUAUAUACAUAUAUAGAAGAAGAAAAAGUGAGAGCUAGAGAGAGAGAAUAAGAGUAAACAAACAAUAUUCCCAAGCAAGAAAACAAUUAAAAAUAAAAAGAACAAAUUCCCGUGGGAGUUUUCAUAGUGUAGCGUAUAUGGUUCCUCAUAUAACCAUUUGGCGCAUACGCAUAAACAUAAAUAUACAUAUAUACUUAUACAUAAUUAUAUCACUGUCCUAUAUUGGAGGUUGAUUAGGGUCUGAACGAAAUGAACAAACGAAGAAAUGCAAAUGUUCCACUAACUUAUCGUAUAUGUCUGUCAUACAGAGCAAAUGGAAGCGGUAGAAGCUGUUACGUUGCCGUUAGGAAUGAACAACACCUAGCACUGGUGUUGUGUAGUUCAGUGUUUAAAUGCGAGUGAUGACUAAUUUAACGAAAACCCCUUACCGCACCGGAUUCAAAGAAACUAUGAAUUCAGGAUUAUAUAUUGUACCUUUUACACAAGUCAGCUGAUUGGGGGAUGGGUCAAUACCAAAACAAAAAACCUUUUUGCUACAUUAUUUGAAACAGCAUAAGGACAGAGUAAACGAAUCAACCAGUACAAUAGUGUCAUGUUCAAGCUUAGGACAAACUCAGAAAAAGAUGGCUUGUUUUGCACAUUGAUAAAGCUUACAUUAAAACAGACUUAUAUAAAACAGUAAACGACAUUGUACAUAUUUGUUGUGCUUAUGUAUUUGAACACAUAUACUAACAGCAACAGCAAAACGAAACCCAACUACUACUACUAUUUCAGCGCCCGUUUAAGGAUAGAUGGCUUUGUAGCAACCCUUUGCAUCUGUUUUAAAAUUCCUUUGCUUUGCUAAUACAUAUACCUGAGCCACUGUUAGGAGCAAUUUAAAAACCAAACAGGAAGUAUAAUCUGUUGUAUGUGUGUGGUUGUAAUCCUAUGCUUUGCUUUAGUAUUGCAGUAUCAGUUUUGUGUUAUUAGUACAUUCAUGCGUACAUACGGAUUUGCUAACUGUGUACUAAGUGUAUGUAAAGCCGGACAAACCCACUAGAACCCACUGGUAGAACUGGUUUCGUUCAAACUAAUGUAAGAAAAAAAGGAUAUUUAAACACACACACAAAAGAAACGGUUUUCAUAAUAAACACACAUACACACACAAACACCAUAGUAGCUAAAGGGUAAUCAUAAAUGUUGGAAAAGCAAAAUUACUAGCAAACAACAAGUAGACUAACAUGUUUCGAUCAAGCUGAUACAGACAAAAAUUCUCAAAACCAAACACACAGGUUCUCGGUCGAUUGGAGGCUUUAGAAUAGGAACAAUGUUUUAAAAAACACACAAGGGUCAAAAAUGUACUAAUAUUAGACGACAUUUGUGUGUACCCGCGUUAGAUGAUGUAUUCCGUUCAUUCCGUAUUCUUCUCUUUAAGCAAACGUUCUGUAAAACGUUAAAAGGCUUAUGUGUACUAAAUUGCCCUUAUUUUUAUACAAACUAUUGCGUAUGUGUUCGUGUCCGUGUGUAUUUUAAUGGUUGUUCGCCUACUCUUAAAGUACCGUGUCAAUUCUAGAGUGUGUGGCAUACCAUACUCCUAUAGCUACCCUUCGGCUGGACCAGGGUUUACCACCGGGUUGGGAUGUUUAGGAAAUUUUGCUUUCGUUUUUUGGCAGCAUCAAAAAAUGUUCUUUGUACGAAAGUAAGUUUGUGCUGGGAUAGAAAAUAGAUCGAUACAGGAUUUGUGUGCGUUUAGUAAUCACACGCGUGUGAAGCCGAUGAUCGCGGGCCAGCCGAGGGUUGAUCUCCCCAUAUAGCAUCUUAUGUACGAACCACGAGGUUUUCAAACUUUAUCGUAGACGAGUGAAAAGGACAAUAAAUCAAUUAUCAAACUUAUAGCCGUUGGCAUUCAAUUGAAACGUGUAGUGUACAAUCAUGAAUUAAAGCAGUAGAGAUACUAAUUCAAUCCACUUUGUGUUAAGGUACACAACGGCGGUUGCUGGUGUGGAAUAGGUGUGGAAAUUAGGGAAUACAUGAAGAAUAAGCUGAAAAAAAAUGCAUCGUAAUGGAUGGAAGUGGAAUUCCUCCCAAGGAGUGUAAUUGUUUAGACGGCCGUACAGGCUCUACCAUUAGCAGGUUGGUUUUACGCCACAGUAAUAAGCUAAGUAGGAUGGAUUGUAUUAUGAAAGCAGCCACCAAACACAAACAACAUAUUCCUCUAUGUAAAAUUAUGAAGCAACUAAGGUGAGAAAGGGAAUGGAAUGAGCAAAGUGUGUACUGCCCUUACCGUAAAUGUGUGUGCGUGUUGCCAAAAACAAAGAAGCAGAAAUACCCCUCAAACGGCAGUCCCUCCUUAACCGCUUACCCAAUGUCCGCAGGUAAAAAAGUAACUUACCGUUAUUGGAACGGGGGACAGACACUAGAAUCGCUACUUGUAUACAAAACUAAACACCCAAAAGAAAGAACAAAACAAAAACAAGGCGAACACACAAACGAUGUAUGUAAUGUUUAAAACAAAAAAAAACCACCACAAAACUAACAAAUGUGCAAUGACAAUAGACACAGAAACAAUUGAAAGAACAACUAAUGAAAAUAAAAUUGUAGAACGCUUUUUAUGUAAGAAAACAGA